GUUUUAUUAAUAAGUGUGUACGUAUGUAUGUGUCUAGCUCAAAUACGUUACCAUUUCUUGCAAUUGAUAAUUAUCUGGAUAAUAUUUGAGUAUUUGUCGAGGUGUUGUUGUUUUCUUGAAUUUCCCAAAAAGCUACGAAGUAGUGAAACGUAAUACUAUAGGUCGACGCUUUAGUUCACUCAAUUUUCGAAAACCUUUCGUUUGUCAUCGAGAAGGCUAUUUUGCUGAAGGACAUGCUGACGGUUACUUUAAAUGCUCAAGGAAUCCGGAUGGAACAUUUAGUCGAAUAAGAUUAAGAUGCCUUGGAGGUCAGUUUUUCGACAAUACAUUGAAAAGAUGUAUUUAUGUUCGAGGUAGAAGACAAUUACCUUUACAUUAUCGAUUUCGGAACCACAAACCAUAUCUGUACUCAUACAAUAGAAGAAAGAGAGAAAGAUACUUGAGACCUUUUAGAAACAAAAGAAAACGCUACGGUUUUAAAAAGUGGAACCACCAUGAAAAAUCUCAGAAAAACAAUAUCCUUAGAAACGCUAAACCAAAAAAAGUUACUACUCAGUCCUUUAUGAUUCCAUCUCAGUCUGACUUGAAGUCUUCCAGCAAACUUAAACACAAAAAGCAUGGUAAUUCUGGGUACAAACCAAGCCCAAAUGUUGACGAAAAUUUAGAAACCACCUAUGAGGAAGUUCACAAUAACUUUGAUGAAAACAUCCGAGACAUUAGCAGAGAUAGAACUGAAUAUUUGGACAGUUUGCCAACACUUUUUACAGGAGAAUACAAUACUGAAUCGCCAACAUUAAAAAAAUACCAUACAAACGAUCAAUCUACCAAUGAAGAACCGAAUUUGUUUGGAUAUGUUCAAAGGAAAAGAGAAUGUCAGGAUAAAUGCAAUUCACCAACCUCUUCUAAAAGCGAUAACACUUCUGACAGAGAAGACCAAAAUGCAGAAAAUGAUAGCACUACUGUUGAAAAUUUUAAAAUUUCAUCAAACUCCAAGACUAAUGAUGACAACAGCGAUGAGGAUAGCCAACCUGAAGAAAGUCUUUAUGAACGUUUUCCAAAAAGAAGAGGUGAUGUUAAUUUCAAAGUUAAUUAUGGAAGCAAGAACAAAGCCAGAGACUCCAAUUACCCAUCGGAAGAAGAUUUAGUUAUUGAAAUUCCUCUAAAUGGUGCAGCACACACAUGUAAUAGAAAAAAUUUGGUAAUAAAUAAGGAAAACGAUAUUCAAUCAACGCUCGGUCCAGAAAUAGUAAUUAAAUUGAGACAGAGUCAACAAAUGUCGACAGACUCCUCUGCCAACGAUCUGACACUGCAAAAAAUUUUAGAACAUCGGAUGCGUUUAAGUAAAAACUCCGAACCAGAAACCAAUUACGGUGCAGAUUAUAAUCAAAAAGAGUAUCCCAACAUAAUUUUUAAACAACGAUCUGCAUCCAAGAAUCCAAACAAAUUACUAAUACAUCUUGGGAAAAAGAAAUCUCGGUUAGAUUCCCGCGAAUUAACUAAGUCUCCUGGAGUAACGACCACAACUACAUCAACCACCUCAGUUACUCCAAUAACCACCCCCUCGACCACACAUAUCGAAACAACAACAGCAACCUUAUUAACAACAAAAACAACCGUCGUCACAACAAUUGCAUCGACUGUUACUCAAAGGACUGCGGCGAAAACCAUUACAUCUACAAGUAGCUGCACAACUGCAGCCAAGCAUACAACUGACACCUGUAGUUCUAGUACGAAUGUGCGUAAUUUAAAGCAAGUUUUUAAACACUUAAAAGAUGAUUAUAUAUCGAAAAUUCACGACCACAAUUUUACAACUGCAUCACCUGGUCAUCAUAAUAAGGGACACAAAAUUGGAAAUGGACACGCACACCCAACGAGUUUUUAUAUUUGUUCCGGUGGAAACUCUACAAACACCUCUAAAAGCUGUAAUAGUUUUUAUCUCUGUCACUCGGCAAGAUCGGCAGGGAAAACUUUGAAACUUGAAGUUCCGUGCCCUAGCGGAAUGGGGUUUGAUUCUAACUUGAACAAAUGUACAACAAAUAUGGGGAAAAUAUGUAAAUCAAUUCCUAGCGGAUAACACACAAUUUUAUACACCUAAUCUUAGCAGUACAUCUCUGAGAUAAAUAAUAAACAUUUUUAGAACUAGCUGUUUUUAUCAACAAUUGAAAACAUGAACGACCUUUGACUUUAAAACCAAACACUCAUCUACAGCUUUUGCUAAAGGUUUUUUUUACGUAUAAUAAUGAGAACAAAGAAGAUUCCUACCAUGUAUUCGAUUUCCAGAGCACUUAACAAAAUGUUCGAUAAUACUGAAGCUUGCUGUUUCUAAAGGAAAGUUGUUCUCGUUUUCCCAUUUUCCACGCGUUGGUGUAAAAUGCUGCCUGUAGAUGGCGAAUACUACACCUACAUAAACAU